AUGGCAACCCAGGACCCUCAACCAAACCGUGCGCCACAAAACCAACGUGGUCGCAGAUAUAACGCUCGAAACGCCAAUCGCGCUCGCCAGGACAUACGUCCGGACGUCCCACCAGUUCAGCUUGAUGCCAAGUUUCUCGGAUUCACAGCUCCCGUAAGGGGAAACGCUAAAGUUGAAUUAAAUCAUGGAUUUACAGAAAUUGUAGCCAAUGACUUCCGCGGCACAAUAAAGGUAUACCAAGAGUCGAAAGGCUUCUUCGAUCGCAACGCUCAGCCCUUAGAUUUAGAAUACCUCACUCGAGGUUUAGCCGGCGGAUUAUGCUUAUCCACCGCCUCAAAACUCAUUCAGGCGACUCCCGCCAGUGAGUUACCGCAAAUCGCAACGUUCCAAAGCUUCAAGGAGUUCCAGCUCUCGGUCCCGCGCUCGUUCCUUACGAUAAUAGACCUGAUUGGAAAAAUAGACUAUCGGGAUUGGGUUAUUAGAAUUAAAGAUAAUCCAGGUUCCAUCAAACGCUUCAUUCUCAAAGCUAUCCGUUACUUCAAGGCAAACGAUGACUUUAACGAAGAAUUCGUCCUUCUCACCGACGACGAACAGGCCAAGUUUGACAACUUAGAUAAUAUACCUCUUAACAAGUUCGACGAGAUCUUUUUCGACGACAAAGGAUCUGUUGAGAAAAUUCACUCCCUAGCUGAAACUUUGCUAGAAAAGAAAAUGGCAAAUAGCUUCACAGUUAAAGUUGGAGAAAAUCAAGUCUAUUUUGGUUAUCCACCCCUGCCCACGAUGCACACAAAGCAGGCGAUAAUUGAAUGGCUUGGUGAAUUAGACGGACAGGUGCACCCGCACGCUGAGAAUAUCGGCCGAGUCGGAGUUCUUUUGCUAGUUGACCUUGAUUGGCUAGAGCAUCCAGACACUGAACUGCAACGUUUAGAUACGACGUUUCGCGAUUCCGUAGUUGGCGAAUUAACACCAAUACAACUGCUGAACGCCAGCGGUUUACAUCAUUACACCGAAUUUUUAAGUAAACAACGGUUCAUAGAAUUCGGACGCUCGUGUUAUACGUACUACGCAUCUACGAUCACUCAGAGACUGAAAUCGAUUUUUCACCUCGUGAAUCAAGGUAUAUCUUCCCUCGGAUCCCCAGCUCAAUUGGGUUUCACUCCUGAAGACUCAACAGCGGAUAAGACCGACCCAGGAAUCCCCGACUAUCAUGGAUUACCUAGAAUAGAAUUAGAUAGGAAUUUAAACCACUUUCUUAGUUAUGUAAUGUUAGAUAUAGAUAUAGCUGAUAAAGUAACCAAGAGUGCUAUGGUUAAGCUUGUUAAACAUGUAGCAGUAGAAUCAGACCCAGACUAUUACUAUGAAUGUCAUUUAACAAACGCGCUUACAUCCAUCCGCAGGGCUUACUUUAGUCACGACGGACUGGUGUUUAGUCAGCAAAGGAUGUACAACUAA